AUGGGACCUGUAAGCAAACCACCCCCAUCGGUCUGCAGCCUGAGCAGCAGCAAACUGGAGAAUGGUCUGAUAAGAUGCAAUAACGAAAAGAUCUACGCAUGUGCUACGAUGUGGCAUGAGACGACGCAUGAAAUGACAUGUAUGUUGAAGAGUAUCUUCCGUAUGGAUGAGGAUCAAUGUGCAAGGCGGAACGCUCAAAAAGGGCGGACUGCCUCCUACCACCAGUGUGGAACUGUGCUUGAUUCAAGCAGCCACAUAUUUUUCGACGAUGCCUUUGACACCGACGAAUCUGGCAAUUCGGUGAUCAACAAGUUCGUUAAGCAAAUCGUCGAAGUUGUUGAUCAAGCUGCAAGCGCUGUUCAUCAGACCCAAAUGAGGCUCAGACCUCCCAAGAAGAUCGUUACUCCCUAUGGUGGCCGAUUACAGUACAUUCUACCCGGCAAGAACAAACUGACUGUUCACCUCAAGGACAAGAAUAAAAUUCGACACAGAAAGAGAUGGAGCCAGGUAAUGUACUUGUAUUACCUGCUUGGCUACAGACUCAUGACCAAGGUAGAUGAACAGGCUAGAAAG